GUACCACAGAAUGACAUCACUAAGUCACUAUUACCACGUGUUUGGAGACUCGCAUCUACAUGAGAAAUUGCUUGGCCUGACGUACAUAAUAUCGGCUGAUGCCUUCUUCCAAGUAAACACCCUUGCCACUGAACGUCUGUACACAUUAAUCUGUGACUGGUGCGAUGUCAACGAGGACUCUAUUGUCUUGGGCAUCACCAAUGCUGAGUUUAUCUGUGGCAAAGCAGAAUUUUGUCAUGGACGGGCUGAUGAAACGAUACGGCCGCAACCCCAACCUGGUCGUCGCUGUUGAUCCACCA